UGACGCACCAGCGAACGACGAUAAACGGCAGUCAAACGACGCGGUCGAUCAGAGGUCGUUCGUGAGACGCAAAAGCGCGAGAACUGUGUUGUCGCUGUCUCACGAGUGUCUCAGACUCAACUUUACAUCAGCCACCGCGCGAUGGUGAAGAUCGUUCUGUGAUACGCGUCGCGCAACCGAACGUAUCCGUGCGGUCGGAAAGGAGGUUAAGUGCUCGUCGAGCGGGAAAGAUCAGCAAGUUCCGGGCGUGACGUGCAGGUAACGUCGAAGGGUAACGCAACGUCGCUCGCGAUGCAUAAUAGGACUAAUGUAACGACGACGACGUGUCGUCGCCGGAGGACUUUGACGGGCGUGAUCGUGACACCCGGUGUUCUCGGGCUGCUUCUGCUGACCUUGUCCAGCCUAGCGAGUUCGGUUUCUGGCGACGAUGGCGGCCACUGUGUAUGGUACGGGGAAUGUCACACGGAAAUUCAGCACAAGAAGAAUUGCCCGUACGACGGGCCGGCGAAGCCGCUGGUGUCCGAAGGGCAGGAGUUGCUGGCCAAGCGUUGUCCGCACUUGCUGGUGGACGACGGCAAGGGAAUUCACACCUGCUGCGACUUGAACCAACUCAAGACGCUGGACGCAAACAUCAAUAUCGCGUCGAACUUUCUCAAGAGAUGCCCAAGCUGCUUGGAUAAUUUAGUCAAGCAUAUUUGUGAUUUCACGUGCGGCGUUAACCAAAGCAAAUUUAUGAAUAUCACGGAGAAGGGUCAAGCGGGCGCUGUGAGUUACAUUAACGGGGUCGAUGUGUACAUAACGAACAAAUAUCUCGAAGGAACGUUUAAUUCGUGUAAUAAGGUGUCACUACCGAGCACCGGGUUAUUAGCGUUGGAUUUGAUGUGCGGCGAAUGGGGAGCGAGCAGAUGCACCGCGCAGAAAUGGUUCUACUAUAUGGGUGACGCGGCGAACAACGUUUACGUGCCGUUUCAAAUCACGUAUGUGAACACGGACGUACCCGUCAAGUCGUUCGUGCCGCUGGAUCCACAGAUCACACCGUGCAGCAAAGCGCUAAACAAAAUUACUCCAGCUUGCAGCUGCGUCGACUGCGAGCAGAGUUGCCCGGUACCACCACCGGCGCCUCCACUGCCACAGCCGUUCUCGAUAUUCGGAUAUGAUGGCUAUGAGGUUACGAUGACAAUUAUCUUCGUCUGCGGAUCCUGCCUAUUUCUCCUCUUGGUGAUGUGUUUCAGUCAGAGGAAGCGUAUAGUUGCACGAGGGGAGGAAGUAGGAAGGCAGGUGGGUAGACGGCUAGCUGCCGGAUUACACCACCCAGGAGAUGGUGCUCGUAUUGCCCUCGCCGCUGACCAAGAAGACAGCCCACUUCAGUCUAAGCGUUCUAGUGUCAUAUCUACGGACGACAUACCGAGUGGAUUCGACGAGGAACGAUCCACCUUUAUCGAGAAGCUUGGCGCAGGCACGGACAAACUGUUGCAGGAAUUCUUCUGCAAGUGGGGAACGGUUUGCGCUUCUCGACCUUGGGCGAUACUUUUCCUUGGCUUCCUAUUGAUUGUCGGCCUGGGACACGGCAUUAAAUACAUGCACGUGACCACAGAUCCCGUGGAAUUGUGGGCGUCACCGCACUCCCGGUCGCGUGUCGAGAGGGAAUAUUUCGACCAGCAUUUCGAGCCUUUCUAUCGAAAUGAACAGAUCAUCAUAACUUCUGUUGGCUUGCCGAAUAUUGUACAUAACACGACGAAUGGCCCCAUUGUCUUUGGUCCGGUGUUUGAUGCCACCUUCCUGAAAACGAUAUAUGAAUUACAAGAAGGAAUCAAGCGCAUAGUAACUCCUAACGGCUACACGUUAGCCGACAUAUGCUUCGCUCCUCUAACUUCACCGUUCACUGGGCCAACGACGAUAUCGCAGUGCGCCAUCCAGAGCAUUUGGGGUUAUUGGCAAGAUAACUUAUCGGAAUUCGAAGAUGAGCACGAGGAAGGCAACUAUACGAUCAACUAUCUGGACCACUUCCGAGCUUGCUCGCAGAAUGCCUAUAACCCUUCUUGUCUCGCUCUCUACGGCGGCCCGGUGGAGCCGGCGAUCGCGGUAGGCGGCUUCCUGGCUCCGGGUCAAGAUCUUCACAAUCCGCCGUACGAAAAGGCCACCGCCAUCAUUAUCUCCAUCCUUGUCAACAAUUAUCACAACAAGGCUAAAUUACUGCCCGCCAUGGAGUGGGAAGAGAGCUUCAUCAAUUUCAUGAAGAACUGGACGGCAACGAGGAAGCCGGCGUACAUGGACAUCGCCUUCACGUCGGAACGCUCGAUCGAGGAUGAGCUGAAUCGCGAGUCCCAGUCGGAUAUCCUGACCAUCCUGGUGUCGUACGUCAUCAUGUUCGCGUACAUCGCGAUCUCGCUCGGCCAGAUUCGAACCUGCGGCCGACUCUUGCACGAUUCCAAGAUCACUCUGGGCCUCGGAGGUGUGCUCAUAGUGUUGGCGUCCGUGAUUUGCUCGGUCGGACUGUUCGGCUUUAUCGGUGUACCGGCCACGCUCAUCAUCAUCGAGGUUAUUCCUUUCCUGGUACUGGCAGUUGGAGUGGACAACAUCUUUAUUCUCGUUCAGACUCAUCAGAGGGAAGGCAGACGGCCGAACGAGUCGAUACCGGAACACAUCGGUCGUACUUUGGGCCAGGUCGGACCCAGCAUGUUACUCACCAGUGUAUCGGAAAGCUGCUGCUUCUUCCUUGGUAGUCUGUCCGAUAUGCCUGCCGUGAGGGCGUUCGCUCUCUACGCUGGAAUGGCGUUAUUGGUAGACUUUAUACUGCAAAUUACGUGCUUCGUCAGUCUCCUGGCGCUCGACACGAUUCGACAAGCGAACAAUAGGUUAGAUGUCUGCUGCUUCAUCCGUGGUUCCAAGAAAGAUAACGGAGAAGAGGUAGUGGACGGAAUAUUGUACAAAAUCUUCAAGGUCGCGUACGUGCCGUUACUGUUGAAGAAAUGGGUUCGCGUGGUUGUGAUGAUCGUGUUCUUCGGUUGGCUGUGCAGCAGCAUCGCCGUGGUGCCGCACAUUGAAAUCGGCCUAGAUCAGGAACUUUCCAUGCCGGAGGAUAGUUAUGUGCUCAAGUAUUUCAAGUUCUUAAACAGUUAUUUAUCGAUCGGGCCGCCGAUGUAUUUCGUCGUUAAGGACGGCCUAAAUUACUCGGACAUGAGGGCGCAGAAUUUGGUGUGUGGUGGUCAGUAUUGCAACAGCGACUCGAUAUCGACGCAGAUUUUCAUCGCGUCCAAACAACCAAAUAGGACGUACAUCGCUAAGCCUGCUUCGUCGUGGAUGGACGACUACUUCGAUUGGGUGAGCUUGAGCAACUGCUGCAAAUAUUUUCCUGGAAACAAUUCGUUCUGCCCGCACACCGAAUACAAAUGUCUCUCUUGCAACGUCUCGCUGGACCAUUACAACAGGCCGGUGCCCGCGGACUUCGACAGGUACGUGUCGUUCUUCCUGCAAGACAAUCCCGACGACAAGUGCGCGAAGGGUGGUCACGCGGCUUACGGGCACGGUGUGAAUUACGUCACGGAUCCGCAAACGAGCGUGUCGACGGUGGGCGCCUCGUACUUCAUGGCUUAUCACACGAUCCUGAAGUCAUCGUCGGACUACUUCGAGUCCAUGAGAGCGGCCCGAGUCGUGGCGGCGAACAUCACGAACAUGAUCAACAGCAACACGAAGACGUUCGGGCAGAACACCACGGUAGAGGUGUUCCCCUACAGCGUUUUCUACGUAUUUUACGAGCAGUAUCUCACCAUGUGGCCCGACACGCUGCAGAGCAUCGGAAUUUCCUUGCUGGCCAUAUUUGUAGUCACCUUCCUGUUGAUGGGCCUGGACAUCUUCUCGUCGUUGGUCGUUCUCAUCACGAUCACGAUGAUCGUUGUCAACAUCGGCGGCCUCAUGUAUUGGUGGCACAUCACCUUGAACGCGGUGUCCCUGGUGAACCUCGUUAUGGCUGUCGGCAUAGCUGUCGAGUUCUGCAGUCACUUAGUGCACUCCUUCUCGGUGUCGGUCCAAGCGACUAGAGUGGACAGAGUCGCGGACGCGUUGACGAAUAUGGGAAGCUCCGUGUUCAGCGGUAUCACUCUAACGAAGUUCGGCGGUAUCAUAGUCCUCGGCUUCGCGAAGAGCCAGAUUUUCCAGGUGUUUUACUUCAGGAUGUAUCUGGGCAUCGUACUGUUCGGAGCAGCGCAUGGUCUCAUCUUCUUACCAGUAUUGCUAAGUUAUAUAGGCGUGAUGUCGAGCCGAGGGCGUAGACAAGCCCGUGAGCUCACGAGCGGGCCGAGAAGUGAAACUAGGCGUCACCAACGUGACGAGCCGGAUUCUCCUUUACUCCAAAACGACAACCGUCAACACCCGACCACUUCCUACGCCAGUGUGAACUCCAUCGAUGCGACUAAUCACCACGCCGUAUUGUUCUAAAGCCGAUAAAUCCAAUCGUCUACUCGUCGGACUCGCAACGUCUGAUGACGCGAGAUCUUUUGUACUUAGAGAGACUGAAGAGGAAGAAGUAGAAAAAAAAGAUUACGUACACCGUGUAAGCGUCAA